AUGGCUUCGACUGAUGCUUGUUAUGCAUUCGAAAAUGUAAAUGAUGUAAGUUUUCUGUCUUGUUAUUUAUGGCUUUUCCUGGUAUUAAGAUUAUUUAAAGCUCAUUACAUAUCCUUCCAUUUGAAUAUGUCGAACAAUGGAAAUUAUUUAUUGCUUAAGAAUGGCUUCCCAGAAAUCAAAUGA